CGACUUCCCGUUGCACUGCGCCAGCACCAAUUCCACCUCCGCCUGGCCUGCGCACUCCCGCCUCGAGGCAGUCGCAUAUUACUAUGGCUCCGUUUCGGAGUAGAGACCGGUCCAACAGAUCAGGACGCGGUCAGAUAGAGCACAAUGUUUUAGAAGGACUUCCUAUCAAUCAGUACCGGGAAGUUGAGAUUACCAUUGAACCGAACUCGGCCGACAACAAGCCUGUGGACAAGGGCGCCUGGCCUGAACUGCCCAUGCCACGAGACUCACACAUGUUACCUGAUCAUUCACAACAGCUACUCCGUGCUGCGCGAUCUGGAAAGAUAUACAGGCCUCCCGCACCACCAGAAGACGACAAUGAGAUGAAAGAUGAGGAAGAGGAGAGCAAGGAGGUGCAAACUGGAUUUACCGUCAAGAAGUAUGCCAAGGUAGCACGGCACCUUGAGGCGCCGGAGCCAGAGUAUCUUGCGAAAAGAAGGAAAGGCCUUCCAUCACCGUACUCAAAUGGGCAGGUGGCGCAAGCUGCGCUGAGAGAAACUAAAAUCAAGAAGCUGGAUGCGGACGGCAAUGUGGCUGUCUACAAAGUCCUCGUACCCGAAGGUCAAGCGGUGGAGGGCGAGGUUCAGCCUACAGAUGCUGCGGUUGAGGUGGCGCCAGCUACUGCUGCACCCGGCACGGUUGUGGAAGGCGUUGGGGUUGUGAAUGCAGAGGGCGUCGUGGUAGCCAACGAUAUCUUGCAACAGACACCACCAAGGAGACGGCCACCCCCACCGAAAAAGAAGCGUGCAGGCCCUGGUCGUGGAAAGAAGAGAGUGGUGUUUGCUGAAGGUGCCACGGAACAAAACACGCCGACAUCCAACCCUGGAAGUGACCGCCCUGCCGUUUUCGGAUUGAAGCAGGAAGAUGGGUCUGUGGCGCCAUCCGAUGGAGGGGAUACUCCAAUGGUCGAUGCUGGUGGAGACGAAGAGGAGGGUUCUGGGGAGGAGGGUUCCGAGGACGAAGACCAAGACCAAGACAUGGAACACACCUCAACGCCGGCCACUCCUUCGCGACCAACCUCUGCACAUACAAGCGUCUCAGGGUUGGAUACUGCAGAUGGAAAGGAUGCUCCUCCGGAAGGACUCGCUGCUCCGGUAUCUGCAGUGACAGCUUCCGUCGAGACCUCUCAGUCUCUCGUAGAGAAUGAUACAUCUGCGCUACCAACGUCCGUACCCGAAACGAUGGAGCCAAGCGCAGGGCGUGACCUCUCGAGCUCACCAGACUUGCCAUUGUCUGCAGUCUCUCACAGUCGACAAAACUCGCUCAAUCAGAUGCCGACCUCUGCGACGACCAUCGAGCCUUCGGUUCCUGAACCUACUCCGAACGAGACUACAGUCCCAGCAUUGCAGUCUGAACUUGCACCUGAGCCAGUAGCCAUGCCUGAGCCGGUAGCCAUGCCUGAGCCAGUAGCUAUGUCUGAGCCAGUAGAUGCGCCUGAGCCAGUAGACGCGCCUGAACCAGCAGCUGCACCUGAACCAGAACUUAUUCAAGCACCGCCUGUUGUCCCCUCUGCCCCGCCAUCAGAGCCAGAUCUGCUAGGCAGCUUGGAGAGACAGCUUGAGAAGGAUAGUGAGGACAUGGCGGGUUUAUAACCCACUUUGCUCCUUAUCACUGCUAGUUGUGAUUCUCCAAAGAGGUGUUUUGUAUAAAUACGUUUGUAUUGGCUUGGCUUGGACUGGCAAAGGUGUUUCUAUUUCGUCAGCGACAAUGCAAAUACACUAUCAUUUCGAUCAAGUCUACUUUGUACAUGAUACGGCUGUCAAUACAGUCAACUUGUCAUGUGUUUGAUUGGAAGUUCAUACGCCGUAACCCCACAUUGGUAACCCGCUACGUCAUCUCAAGCUUUCCCCGUCGGAAAGCAUUUAAGUUGGUGUUCUUGAACCCAGCCAGUAUCUAGUCCCAACUCCCGAACCACCAAUACCACGUCAUUUCAAACUUUGCCCGUCGGGAAGUAGCACGCAUACCCCUCGCGGUGCACCACAUCCUUCACUACACCAGUCUGGGAAUGAUUAGCUAGCGUAAUCAGUGCAGACAGACAACGGAGC